UCCCUCAGACAGGCAGCACAUACGUGGGCACACAAGUGUAGAGGUGCAGAGGAAGAGGAGAGAGCAGGAGGGGGGGUAGGUAGAGUAGUGUGUGCAUGUGUGUGUGGGUGUGUGUGUGUGAGGCAGUCAGACAGCAUGGUCUGGGUCUGAGGACAACACUGGGAGACGCAGCAGCAGAAGCAGAAGCAGCAGCAGCAGCAGCAGCAGACCACAUGUCCAUGUAGACUGGUCUGGUGACAUCCACAGCUCACCUGGACCCAGCACCCACCCAGGACCAUCGGGGGGGUGGGUCUGCUUGUGAUCUUUAAAUUUUUUAUUUUUUUUGUACAUUUUAAUUAGAUUUUUUUUAACUUCUUUUCCUGGUUUUUGGGAGUGGGCUCCAGGCUGGACCGCAUGCAUGACACAACGCAAAGGCGCGAAACCCACCAUCAGCAUCCAGGAGCACAUGGCCAUUGACGUGUGCCCCGGCCCCAUCCAGCCCAUCAAGCAGAUCUCGGACUACUUCCCCCGUUACCCGAGGGGCCUCCCCCCUGCUGUGCCCCUCCAAGCGGGCCACGCCGGGCCCCUGCGCUCUGCCCUCUCCACCUCCUCCUCCACCACAGCAGCAGCAGCAGCUCCUGCUGAAAGUGAGAGACCCAAUGAGGACACCCCGGAUCGGGCUUGUGCCGGAGCCUCGGCCGCCUCGGCCACCCCGGCCGCCGCCGCCGCCUCCAUACAGGCCGCCAAGAGGGAUGAGGAGCCUGACGUGGAGGCAUACGACUCUGACGACUCCACCACGUUGGGGACCUUGGAGUUCAGUUUGACGUACGACCAGGAGAACAAUGCACUACACUGCACCAUUAACAAAGCCAAGCUUCCUGUGCCCAGAUACAAGAAGGGCCUCAAGCCGAUGGACCACAACGGGCUUUCGGACCCUUACGUCAAGUUACAUCUGCUGCCUGGUGCCAGCAAGGCAAAUAAACUCAGAACUAAGACGCUGCACAACACACUCAACCCUGUGUGGAGCGAGACGCUGACCUACUACGGCAUCACCGACGAGGAUAUUGUCCGAAAAACACUCAGGAUCUCAGUGUGUGAUGAGGACAAAUUCCGCCACAACGAGUUCAUCGGGGAAACGCGAAUCCCUCUCAAGAAGCUGAAGCCCAACCAAAUCAAAAACUUCAACAACUGCCUGGAGAAACAGCUUCCUGUCAACAAGACAGAGGAGAAGUCCCUAGAGGAGCGAGGACGCAUCAUGAUUUCGCUGAAGUACAACACCCAGAAGUCUUGUCUGGUUGUCGGCAUCAUACGCUGUGCUCACCUCGCCGCCAUGGACGCCAACGGCUUCUCCGACCCCUACGUCAAAACGUACCUGAAGCCAGACGAGAACAAAAAGUCAAAGCACAAGACUGCUGUGAAGAAGAAGACGCUCAAUCCAGAGUUCAACGAGGAGUUCUCUUAUGACAUAAAAUAUGCAGACCUCACCAAAAAGACUUUGGAAGUGACCGUGUGGGACUACGACAUUGGAAAGUCCAACGAUUUUAUAGGUGGUGUAUCUCUGGGUAUCAAUGCAAACGGAGAGAGGCUCAAACACUGGUUUGACUGCCUCAAAAACAAGGACAAGAAAAUUGAGCGCUGGCACACGCUGACCAACGAAUUACCCGGUUCUUUAAAUGACUGAGGACCCGCCACAUCCUGUCCCAUUUCCAACCACUUGGCCACCAUUUUCUCCCUCGGCUGUACCGCGUAGGACUCGUCCAUCAGGAUCUUCAUCUCUGGAUUAAUCCCACAGCGACCUCCGACUCCUCUCUUUGGGGAUUAUUCCCCUUUAACAGGGCUCAACUAAAGAAAAGAAACCACCUAAAUUCUCCCACUUGUACAGGCUGCUCAUGUAUUUUUCUUGUUUCAGUGAAGACCGUCGAUGAAUUCUUUGAAUAAUCAUUUCUCAAUUUGCUCCUCCACAGCAGUCUUUCACAGCACAAAAUAACGUCUUCAUAUGGUCAUCUCUGAGGGUUUAAGGUGAGCGUCAAACAAAGGAUGUACCAAAACGUCGUUUAAACAGAAUCCCACGUAAUAUGUCGUGUUGUAGGAGGAGCAUCUGAACACAUGAGCUCAAACUCAUAUUUGAUUAACGGUCAUCGUUUUACUUUCGGUCGAGUUGACCGCGUGAGAAUGGCGCAUUGAGCAGUGGUUCCCAAAGGCUGGGUCGGGACCCGCAUAUGGGUCGCGGAGAUCAUUUUUGGGUCAUUUGCAGAAUUUUCCCAACCAUUUUGUUUUAAUGAAUUUACCAAACCUCUCACAGAAAUGAUUCGUUUACCCAUUCUAAAUUACAUUUGCUGUCACAGAAAUGUCGCUAAAUUAUGCAGAAACACUGCCAUAGAGAAACACAACCAUUCUCAAAAAGACUGGGAGACGGCUUCGUCCAUCACUGUGCAGAUAUGAAUGUUCUUUCUAACUAACAAACCGGAUUCCUGUCCAUUGAGAACAAAAGUAAAACUGACACUAAUGACGCUUUUCCACAACAUGGCUCUGGCACGGCUUGGCACGGCGCGGUUAUUUUGCGUUUCCAUCAGCGAUAGUACCUUGUACCUGAUAUUUUUUUUAGUACCUGCUCUGUCGAGGUUCCAAGCAAGCUGAGCCCAUACUACAACGUCACAUCAUCAGACUGCCAGCCACUGAUUGGUCAGAGAGUGUCACUGGAAGAGUUGUGAGUACCAUGUCCGACGCAAGAAUCAAAGUGAAUAAUGCCGAACUGUCGAUCAGUUAAAAACACUUAAA